UGAUAAAUCAAUAAUUGAAAAAAGAAAAAGGAUGCAAUCAAUUUGAUUGACAUUAGAGUUUCCUCCAAAUUCCAACACAAUAUGAGAAUUUGGAGCGCUUACGAAGUUGUUCAUCUUCUUCUUCUUCUUCACCAGUGACCAAUUUGCGUCUUGAUUAUGUUUGAACUUUUCACUGUAACCAAGAAACUGCAGCCAGAAAUUUUCUCUGGGAAUUUGAUUUUCAGGAAUCCCGCUUGUCGUUUACACAACCUCAAGAACGCGAAAGAAUUGCAAUGAAUUUUCCGUAGCAGAAAGAAAUUGAAUGAUUCUGAAUCGUUCCGAGUCUUUUGAGUUUUGAAGGAUUUGAAAUGAAUUCUUUUAGGAAAUUCCCUGGAGAAGGAUGAUGCAGGGACUUCACCACCAACAGCAGCAACUAGCGGCACUUCUCAACGUAGCUUUGCGGAAGGAUGAUCCUAAUGCCACUACCUCAAGUUCCAUUACCGCCGGUGCUACUUCCGAUGAGGACGACUCUGCUAGAAUUGCAGCUAUCAAUUCAAUCCAUCGUGCCAUUGUUUAUCCUCCCAAUUUGCUUCUUGUAACUCACUCCGCCACUUUCCUCUCCCAGGGCUUCUCUCAGCUUCUAUCUGAUAAGUCAUAUCCAGUGAGACAGGCAGCAGCCAUUGCAUAUGGAGCUCUCUGUGCUGUCUCAUGUUCUAUUACUGCAUCACCAAAUGGAAGGCAGAAUAGCGUACUACUUGGGACUUUGGUUGAUCGAUUCAUUGGUUGGGCAUUGCCAUUGCUUAGCCAUGUCACUGCAGGUGAUGCAACCACCAAGUUGGCAUUGGAGGGAUUACAAGAGUUCAUUAACAUUGGAGAAGCUGGUGCUGUGGAGAGAUAUGCUUUACCAAUCCUUAAAGCAUGCCAAGUACUUCUUGAGGAUGAGAGAACCCCCUUGUCUUUAUUACAUGGACUCUUAGGAGUUUUAACUUUGAUUUCUUUGAAGUUUUCUAGAUGCUUCCAACCUCAUUUCCUUGAUAUUGUUGAUCUGCUUCUAGGUUGUGCAUUAGUUCCAGAUCUAACUGAUUCAGAUAGGCACAUCAUUAUGGACAGUUUCUUACAGUUUCAGAAGCACUGGGUGGGUAAUUUGCAGUUUUCUCUGGGGUUAUUGUCAAAGUUCUUGGGUGACAUGGAUGUAUUACUUCAAGAUGGGAGUCCUGGGACGCCACAACAAUUCCGUAGGUUACUUGCAUUACUUUCUUGUUUUUCAACAAUUCUUCGGUCUACCGCUUCUGGUUUGUUGGAAUUGAACCUUCUUGAGCAAAUAAGUGAACCUCUUUCGAGAAUGCUUCCUCAGUUGUUGGGGUGCUUAUCUAUGGUUGGACGUAAAUUUGGAUGGUUGGAGUGGAUUGAGAAUUUGUGGAAGUGCUUGACUCUUCUGGCAGAAAUAUUACGUGAACAUUUUUCCACCUUUUAUCCACUUGCAAUCGAUAUCCUAUUCCAAAGUUUGGAAAUGACCAGAGCUAACCAUGUAGUGAAAGGUCAGAAGAUUACAUUUCUUCAAGUUCAUGGUGUUUUGAAAACUAAUCUUCAGUUAUUGUCCCUUCAAAAAUUUGGGCUGCUGCCAUCAUCUGUGCACAGAAUAUUGCAAUUUGAUGCACCAAUAUCUCAGCUUAGAAUGCAUCCAAAUCAUUUGGUAACAGGUAGUUCUGCUGCAACUUAUAUAUUCUUGCUCCAACAUGGGAAUAAUGAAGUUGUUGAACAAACAGUGACACUAUUAAUUGAAGAGCUAGAAAUGUUUAAGGGCGUGUUAGAAAAAGGUUUAGAUCAAAGAGGUAUCAAUGGUAUUCUCAAUUCUCAAUUUUGUUCGAAUAUGGAUUUGUUUGCCCUAAUUAAAUUUGAUUUGAGAGCCUUAUUGACAUGUACUAUCUCUAGUGGAGCUAUUGGUUUGAUAGGCCAAGAAAAUGUUGCUUUCACAUGUCUAACAAGGUCAGAAAGAUUGAUUUCCUUCAUUAUGAAAAAACUGAAUCCUUUUGACUUUCCACUUCAGGCUUAUGUGGAAUUGCAAGCUGCUAUCCUUGAUACAUUGGAAAGGUUGACCACAACUGAAUUCUUUAGCAAGUGUUCUUUGAAGAAUUUGAGGAGUGAGACCCAUUUUCUGGAUACUGGUGAAAAGAUAGAUGAAGCCUUUCUAAAGAAUGAUCAUUCAGCUAUUAUUAUUGAGCAACUAACAAAGUACAAUGUGCUCUUCUCCAAAGGCCUUCAUAAAGCUUCUCCACUAACAGUUAAAAUAACAACCCUGGGUUGGAUUCAGAGAUUCUGUGAGAAUAUUGUUACUAUUUUUAAGAACGAUAAGACGUAUGCUAACUUUUUUGAAGCAUUUGGAUAUUUUGGUGUCAUAGGAAACUUGGUUUUCAUGGUAAUUGAUGCUGCAUCUGACAGGGAACCUAAGGUGAGAUCUAAUGCAGCUUCAGUAUUGGAGCUGCUUCUGCAAGCAAAAAUUGUUCCAUCCAUAUACUUUUAUCCCAUCGCUGACAUAGUCCUGGAAAAACUUGGUGAUCCAGAUAAUGAUAUCAAAAACUCAUUCGUAAGAUUGCUUUCUCAUAUCUUGCCCACGGCACUAUAUGCAUGUGGUCAAUAUGACCUUGGAUCACAUCCUGCUUGUAGGCUCCAUCUUUUGAGGUCUGAUCAUAAAUCUAGCCUGCAUUGGAAACAAGUGUUUUCCUUGAAGCAGCUUCCUCAACAAAUUCAUUUUCAACAACUUAUUUCCAUUUUGAGCUACAUAUCACAAAGAUGGAAAGUUCCUGUUGCAUCAUGGACCCAGCGGCUCAUCCAUAGAUGUGGGAGAUUGAAGGCGAUUGAUUUGAGUCAAAGUGAAGAGACAAGGAACGUAGGUGCAAAUGGUUUAUGGUUGGACCUCAGGCUGGAUGAUGAUUUUCUUAAUGGGAAUUGCUCGGUUAAUUGUGUAGCUGGAGUCUGGUGGGCCAUCCAUGAAGCAGCUAGAUAUUGUAUUACUCUGCGUCUACGGACGAACCUUGGUGGGCCUACACAGACUUUCGCAGCACUAGAACGAAUGCUUUUGGACAUAGCACACUUGCUACAGCUUGAUAAUGAACAUAGUGAUGGGAAUUUAACAAUGGUUGGGGCUUCUGGAGCCCGUUUAUUGCCAAUGAGGUUACUAUUGGAUUUCGUUGAGGCCUUAAAGAAAAAUGUUUAUAAUGCAUAUGAGGGGUCUGCAGUCUUAUCACCUGCUACUCGCCAAAGUUCUUUGUUUUUUCGAGCAAACAAGAAAGUCUGUGAGGAGUGGUUUUCACGUAUGUGUGAGCCAAUGAUGAAUGCUGGAUUGGCCCUUCAAAGCCAAUAUGCUGCAAUCCAAUAUUGUACGCUGCGUUUGCAGGAGUUCAAGAAUCUUGUUAUGUCACAUAUGAAGGAAAAGUCUAAUUCACAGGUCGGUGAAAACAUCCACAACACAAAUAAACUUACCAGAGAUAUCUCAAGGGUUUUGAGGCACAUGACUUUGGCCCUUUGUAAAAGUCGCGAAGCAGAAGCUUUGAUUGGUCUCCAGAAAUGGGUUGAAAUGACAUUCUCUUCCCUGUUUCUGGAGGAAAACCAGAGUCUUGGUAACUUUGCUAUACUAGGACCCUUUUCCUGGAUUACAGGGCUAGUCUAUCAGGCAAGAGGUCAAUAUGAAAAAGCAGCUGCUCACUUUAUCCACUUGUUGCAGACUGAAGAGUCGCUUGCUUUUAUGGGUUCUGAUGGUGUACAGUUCACCAUUGCUCGUAUUAUUGAGGGAUAUACAGCUAUGGCUGAUUGGAAAUCUCUGGAAUCAUGGUUAUUGGAGUUGCAAUCUCUUCGUUCUAGACAUGCUGGGAAGAGCUACUCUGGUGCUCUAACUACAGCUGGCAAUGAAAUAAAUGCAAUCCAUGCAUUGGCACACUUUGACGAAGGAGAUUAUCAGGCAUCAUGGGCAUGUCUUGGUUUGACACCUAAGAGUAGCAGUGAGCUAACUCUAGAUCCCAAGCUGGCUUUGCAAAGGAGUGAGCAGAUGCUUUUAGAGGCACUACUUUUUCAUAGUGAGGGAAGGAUGGAAAAUGUGUCCCAAGAAAUCCAGAAGGCAAGGGCAAUGCUGGAGGAAACAUUGUCAGUCUUGCCUCUGGAUGGCUUGGAAGAAGCAGCUGCAUUUGCUACACAAUUGCAUAGCAUUUCUGCAUUUGAAGAAGGUUACAAGCUUACAGGCAGUGCAGACAAACACAAACAGUUAAAUUCAAUAUUGAGUGUUUAUGUCCAGUCGGUGCAAUCUUCUUUUUGUAGAAUUAAUCAAGAUUGCAACCCAUGGUUAAAAAUUCUUCGGGUUUAUCGAGUGAUCUCACCAACUUCUCCGGUCACACUUAAACUCUGUAUUAAUAUGUUGAGUUUGGCUCGUAAACAGGAAAACCUGAUGUUGGCGAAUAAUUUAAACAAUUAUAUUCAUGAUCAUAUAUCAAAUUGUUCUGAUGAAAGGCAGUAUCAAUUUCUCCUCUCAAGUUUGCAGUAUGAGAGAAUUUUGUUAAUGCAAGCUGACAAAAAGUUUGAAGAUGCUUUCACAAAUAUUUGGUCCUUUGUGCAUCCUCACAUCAUUUCUUUCAGCUCAAUUGAGUCAAACUUUGAUGAUGGUAUUCUGAAAGCAAAAGCAUGCUUAAAACUUUCUCGUUGGUUAAAACAGGAUUUAGGAGCUUUGAACUUGGAUAAUAUUAUACCUAAGCUGAUUGCUGAGUUUAAUGUCACUGAUAAAUCCUCUGGCAGAGGUGAGUUCUCCAUCUGUAAUGAGAACUUAAACUCUGGACCAAGUAUAGAACUUAUCAUUGAGGAGAUUGUGGGUACGAUGACUAAAUUGUCCACUCGUCUUUGUCCUACACUUGGUAAGGCAUGGAUUUCUUAUGCAUCUUGGUGUUUUACUCAAGCUGAAAGUUCUCUCCAUGCUUCAUGUGGAACUGCUCUCCACUCAUGCUUGUUUUCUUCUAUACUAGAGCCUGAAGUUCAUUAUGAGAAAUAUAGAUUAACUAAAGAUGAAAUUAUAAGAGUGGAACGCUUGAUUUAUGUUCUUGUCCGGAAAGGUCAUGAAGCAAAAUGUAUUAAUGAUGAGAAAAGAGAAUGGAGUUCUGAGACCUCAGAGGAUUUGAAACUUGAUGGUACUGUCAAGGCCUUGUUGCAGCAAGUAAUAAAUAUCAUUGAGGCUGCAGCUGGGUUGUCAAAUACUGAAAACUCUGGGAAUGAAUGCCUAACUGAUGUCUUUACUUCCCAGUUAAAGUUAUUGUUUCAGCAUGCUAUUAUUGACCUAGAUGACACUAGCGCAGUAUCCAUUAUUCAGGACUUGGUAGAUGUUUGGAGGUCCUUGAGGAGUAGAAGAGUCUCUCUCUUUGGUCAUGCAGCCCAUGGCUUUAUACAAUAUCUUUUGCAUUCAUCUAUAAAAGCUUGUGAUGGUCAGCUGGCAGGCUAUGACUGUCAAUCAAUGAAACAAAAGACUGGAAAAUACACACUGAGGGCCACAUUGUAUGUCCUACAUAUUCUUCUAAAUUAUGGAGCUGAGUUAAAGGAUUCUCUUGAACCUGCUCUAUCAACAGUCCCACUCUCGCCAUGGCAGGAAGUGACACCACAGUUAUUUGCUCGCCUGAGUUCUCAUCCUGAGAAAAUUGUGAGGAAGCAGUUGGAAGGAUUGGUGAUGAUGCUGGCUAAGCAGUCUCCGUGGUCUGUAGUAUACCCAACACUUGUUGAUGCAAAUUCUUAUGAAGAGAAGCCUUCGGAGGAGCUUCAGCAUAUACUUGGUUCUCUGAAAGAGCAUUAUCCAAGAUUGAUUGAAGAUGUUCAGUUGAUGAUAAAAGAGCUGGAAAAUGUAACUGUACUUUGGGAAGAGCUAUGGCUCAGCACACUUCAAGAUCUUCAGACAGAUGUCAUGAGACGCAUAAAUGUACUCAAGGAAGAAGCUGCUCGAAUUGCUGCAAAUGUCACUCUUAGCCAGAGUGAGAAAGACAAGAUAAAUGCUGCCAAGUACUCAGCCAUGAUGGCCCCUAUUGUAGUCGCUUUGGAGCGUCGUUUGGCUUCUACAUCUCGAAAACCUGAAACACCCCAUGAAACCUGGUUUCAUGAAGAGUAUAAAGAACGGCUGAAAUCAGCUAUUUUUACCUUCAAGAAUCCUCCAGCCUCUGCUGCUGCACUUGUUGAUGUAUGGCGGCCAUUUGAAGAUAUUGCAGCAUCUUUGUCAUCUUAUCAGAGGAAGUCAUCAAUUUCUUUAAAAGAAGUUGCACCUAAGUUAACUUUGUUAUCAUCAUCUGACGUACCAAUGCCUGGUUUUGAGAAGCAUGUUAUAUAUUCAGAAGCUGAUAGAAGCAUUGGCUCUAAUCUUUCAGGAAUCGUUACAAUUGGUUCUUUCUCAGAGCAAGUUACUAUCUUGUCCACAAAGACAAAACCUAAAAAGCUUGUUAUACUGGGUUCUGAUGGUGAAACCUACACAUAUCUCUUAAAAGGUAGAGAGGAUCUGCGUCUUGAUGCUAGAAUCAUGCAAAUGCUGCAAGCUAUAAAUAGUUUUCUGUAUUCAUCUCAUUCAACUUAUGGUCAAUCUCUCUCCAUUCGCUAUUAUUCUGUAACUCCAAUUAGUGGUAGAGCUGGUCUCAUCCAAUGGGUGAACAAUGUGAUGAGUGUAUAUACUGUAUUCAAGUCAUGGCAACACCGGGUCCAGGUGGCACAACUCUCAGCAGUUGGUGCUAGCAAUUUGAAAAGUUCUGUUCCUCCACAGCUUCCACGUCCGAGCGAUAUGUUUUAUGGUAAAAUCAUACCGGCACUCAAAGAGAAAGGCAUAAGGAGAGUGAUUUCACGUAGAGAUUGGCCCCAUGAAGUCAAACGUAAAGUUCUUUUGGAUCUUAUGAAGGAGGUCCCGAGACAACUUCUUUAUCAGGAACUCUGGUGUGCUAGUGAAGGAUUCAAAGCAUUCAAUUUGAAAUUGAAAAGGUAUGCUGGAAGUGUUGCAGCAAUGAGUAUGGUGGGACACAUCUUGGGCUUAGGCGAUAGACAUCUGGAUAAUAUUCUUAUGGAUUUCUCUACUGGCGACGUUGUACAUAUUGACUAUAAUGUUUGUUUUGAUAAGGGGCAGAAACUGAAAGUUCCAGAGAUUGUUCCCUUUCGUCUGACCCAGACUAUGGAAGCAGCUUUAGGACUGACAGGAAUAGAAGGGACCUUCAGAGCAAACUGUGAGGCUGUGCUGGAAGUUCUGAGAAAGAACAAAGACAUACUCCUAAUGCUGCUAGAAGUUUUUGUGUGGGAUCCACUUGUGGAAUGGACACGUGGUGAUUUCCAUGAUGAUGCUGCUAUAGGUGGUGAAGAAAGAAGAGGCAUGGAGUUGGCUGUUAGCUUGAGUUUAUUUGCAUCUCGAGUGCAGGAAAUUCGUGUCCCUUUGCAGGAGCAUCAUGAUCUUUUAUUGGCUGCCCUACCUGCUGCUGAGUCUUCUCUUGAGGGGUUUGCAAAUAUCCUCAAUCACUAUGAGCUUGCCUCUACGCUCUUUUAUCAAGCUGAACAAGAAAGAUCAAACAUAGUUUUGCGUGAAACAUCAGCUAAGUCAGUUGUUGCCGAUGCAACAUCUAAUGCAGAGAAAGUUCGUACACUAUUUGAAAUGCAGGCUCGAGAGCUUGCUCAAGGUAAGGCUAUUGUUUCUGAGAAAGCUCAAGAGGCAUCAACCUGGAUUGAGCAACAUGGAAGAAUCCUUGAUAAUUUGAGGAGCAAUAUGAUUCCCGAAGUAGACACUUGUUUGAAUCUGAGAGCAAUUGGGGAAGCUUUGUCACUUAUAUCUGCUGUUACGGUGGCUGGAGUUCCAGUGACAGUUGUUCCUGAGCCCACACAAGUGCAAUGCCAUGAUAUAGAUAGGGAGAUUUCUCAGCUUAUAGCUGCAUUAAACGAUGGACUUUCUUCUGCUAUAACUACUAUUCAAGUUUAUUCUGUUUCUUUGCAGAGAUUUCUUCCCCUAAACUAUGUAACAACUAGUGUAGUUCAUGACUGGGCUCAGGCUUUACAAUUAUCUAAAAAUGCCCUCUCCUCCGAUAUUAUUUCACUGGCUAGAAGACAGGCUACUGAACUUAUGAUGAAAGUAAACGAUAAUAAUAAUGAUUCUGUACAAGUCAGUCAUGACAAUAUGUGUGUUCAAGUGGAGAAGUACGCAAAGGAAAUUGCAAAAGUUGAAGAAGAGUGUACUGAGUUCGUGACCUCUAUUGGUCCAGAAACUGAAUUGAAAGCUAAGGAUCGCCUUCUAUCAACUUUUAUGAAAUAUAUGGCGUCUGCUGGCCUCGUAAGGAGAGAAGCUAGUCCAUCUCUCCAGAUGAGACGACUUACACAUGAUGGGAAAAAGGACAUCAACAUGCAGGUGGAGCUUGUGGCAGAAAAGGAGAAAAGGGAAAAGCUAUUAUCUAGUAUUAAUGUUGCUCUGGAUAUUCUAUAUUGCGAGGCAAGGGGAAAAUUACUGGACAUUUUUAAUGAUAUGAGUGAUGGGAGACUAGUGAAUAAAACUUCGUCUCAUGAUUUUAAUGUUCUUUUCUCCAAUCUAGAAGAGCAAGUGGAGAAAUGUGUGCUUUUGUCAGAGUUUCAUACUGAAUUACUGGACUCGAUUGAUGAUAAGGUGCUGAGCAUUGAAAAUAAAAAUAAAAAUUGGCAUAGGAAUCAUUCUCAUAGAAAUUGGACUUCCACUUUUACUGUCAUGUUGUCUUCUUUCAAAGACCUGAUAGAGAAAAUGACUGAGGCUGUUUUGCCUGAUAUAAUUAGAUCUGCGAUUUCGGUGAAUUCAGAAGUUAUGGAUGCAUUUGGACUAGUCUCACAGAUUCGGGGAUCAAUUGAUACAGCACUAGAACAGUUUCUGGAGGUUCAAUUAGAGAAGGCUUCGUUAAUUGAAUUGGAAAAAAAUUAUUUUGUCAAUGUUGGGCUCAUUACAGAGCAGCAGUUGGCUCUUGAGGAAGCUGCUGUUAAGGGCAGGGAUCAUCUCUCUUGGGAAGAGGCCGAGGAGCUUGCUUCAGAGGAGGAAGCUUGCAGGGCAGAAUUGCAUCAACUCCAUCAAACAUGGAACCAGAGGGAUGUACGUAGCUCGUCUCUUGCAAAGAGGGAGGCUAAUUUAGUGCAUGCAUUGGCUUCGUCAGAAUGCCAAUUUCAAUCUCUUAUCAGUGCUGCAGUCGAGAAGGAGGCUUUUACGAAAGGCAACACAUUAUUGGCCAAAUUAGUUAAACCAUUCUCUGAACUGGAAUCUAUUGAUGAACUCUGGUCUUCCUCUGGAAUUUCCUUUGCAUCUAUCUCAAAUGGGAUUCCUACAUUGUCAGAUGUGGUGAGUUCUGGGUACCCAAUAUCUGAAUAUAUUUGGAGGUUUGGUGGCCAGUUGAGCAGUCAUUCUUUCUUUAUUUGGAAAAUUUGUGUUGUGGAUUCUUUCUUUGACUCAUGCAUACAUGAAAUUGCUUCAGCCGUGGAUCAAAAUUUUGGAUUUGAUCAGCUCUUUAAUGUUAUGAAGAAAAAACUCGAGCUUCAGCUUCAAGAAUAUAUUUUUAGGUACCUUAAAGAACGAGGUGUUCCUGCAUUGUUGGCUUGGCUAGAUAAAGAAAGGGAACAUUUAAAACCACUGGAGGCAAGAAAAGACGAUUUCCAUGAAGACCAUGAUGAACAAAUUAAAAAUUUUGAAUUUAUUGAGAGAAUCCGAUGCAUGCUUCAGGAACAUUGUAAUGUGCAUGAAACUGCCAGAGCAGCAAGGUCUAGAGCUUCACUUAUGAGAAGGCAGGUGAAUGAGCUCAAAGAAACUCUUCAGAAGACUAGUCUGGAAAUUAUUCAAAUGGAGUGGUUACAUGACAUCAGUUUGACUCCAUCACAAUUUAAUAGGGCCACCUUGCAAAAAUUUCUCUCUGUCGAGGAUAGGUUAUACCCUAUUAUUCUAGACCUUAGCCGAUCUGAGUUGCUGGGAAAUUUGCGAUCGGCUACUUCAAAGAUAGCCAAGUCAAUUGAAGGCCUAGAAGCUUGUGAACGAGGCUCUCUUACAGCUGAAGCACAGCUGGAGAGAGCAAUGGGGUGGGCUUGUGGUGGCCCAAAUACUGGUCCGAUGAUAAAUAAUUCUAAAGCUUCAGGGAUUCCUCCUCAAUUCCAUGACCAUAUCUUGAGGCGGAGGCAGUUGUUAUGGGAAACUAGAGAAAAGGUAUCAGAUAUUAUUAAAAUUUGCAUGUCUAUAUUGGAAUUUGAAGCAUCAAGAGAUGGCAUACUUCAAUUUCCAGGAGAUCAUGCUUUUAGUACAGACAGUGAUAGCAGGGCAUGGCAGCAAGCUUACUUGAAUGCAAUAACAAGACUGGAUGUUUCUUAUCACUCCUUCGCCCGUACUGAACAAGAAUGGAAGCUUGCAGAAAGAAGCAUGGAGGCUGCCUCAAACGAAUUAUAUUCUGCAACCAAUAAUCUUCGCAUUGCCUCUCUUAAAGUGAAAUCCGCUUCAGGUGACUUACAAAGCACUCUUCUCAGUAUGAGAGAUUGCGCAUAUGAAACAAGUGUUUCACUCUCAGCAUUUGGUAGUGUCUCAAGGAACCACACAGCUUUGACCUCUGAGUGUGGUUCCAUGCUUGAAGAGGUACUAGCAAUAACUGAAGAUCUGCAUGAUGUUCAUAAUUUGGGAAAGGAGGCUGCUGUAAUUCACCAUCAACUUAUUGAAGACAUUGCAAAGGCAAAUUCAGUCCUCCUUCCCCUCGAGGCAAUGUUGUCGAAGGAUGUUGCUGCCAUGAUUGAUGCUAUGGCAAGAGAAAGAGAGAUCAAGAUGGAAAUAUCACCUAUACAUGGACAAGCUAUAUAUCAGUCCUAUUGUUUGAGAAUUAGGGAGGCCUGUCAGAUGUUCAAGCCUUUGGUUCCUUCUCUUACAUUGUCUGUGAAGGGUCUGUAUUCCAUGUUUACCAAGCUUGCACGAACCGCAAGUCUCCAUGCUGGAAAUCUUCAUAAAGCUCUUGAAGGACUAGGAGAAAACCAGGAAAUAAAGUCAGAGGGGAUUCACAUAACUAGGUCUCAGUUCAAUAGUGAAGUAGAUGCGGUUGACUUUGAAAAGGAGAGAGAAAGCCUCUCCUUGUCUGAUAGUGGGAGUAGCAGAGAUAUACCUGAUAUUACCAGACUUUCUUUGCAAGAUAAAGAAUGGUUAUCUCCACCUGAUAGCUUCUGCAGCAGCAACUCUGAGUCUGACUUCACCACUGGUAGCUUUCCAGAUAGCUCCAACGACCUAACAGAGGAUAUGGGUCAACAUUAUAAUGGGUGUAGUGACAGAGAAGCUAGAGUUUAUCCAAAAAUUACCUCAUUUUCUCAGACCGACGUCGGAAAAUUUUUACGGUUAGAGGAGUCAGAAUCAAAGUCCACAGAUGGCAGCGAAACCUGUUUUAGAAAGUUAUCAACCAAUGAGUUGAAUGGAGGAACAAAAAUUGUGUCAACACCACCUGAUGAAUCUAUUGAAGUUCCUGCUAUUGCAUCACAUUCAUUGACUGAGACUGUUGAAAGGCUGGGGGAGGAAAGUGGUGUAACCUCAUCAGAUAAGAGAUUAGAAGAUGAAAAUCAAGAUGCUCCCCCAGCUCAGAAGGCUGCUUGGAGUCGUGCAAGCAGGGGUAGAAAUGCAUACGCAAUGUCUGUUUUACAGCGUGUAGAGAUGAAACUCAAUGGACGAGACAAUGUCGAUAACAGAGAACUUAGCAUUACUGAGCAAGUGGAUUAUCUACUUAAGCAAGCAACGAGUGUAGACAACCUGUGCAACAUGUAUGAAGGUUGGACUCCAUGGAUUUGAAAUUUAAAGACCAAGAAAUCUUGGAUACCUGUACUGAUGGAUGGUUAAGAGAUGUUCUUCAAGAUUGACUGGCACCAGAUUCAUUAAGUCAUAACUUGGAAGGACAUCCUGGGGUGCGUUUAAAAUCACCAACAUGCGGGACCUCUCGUUUGCUGCAUUGGUACGCCCUACAGCUGGAUCAUUUCAUCAUAUGGAUUCUUCAGUCACAGUGCGAAAGAAACCGAUAGCGACUGCUCAAAAAGCUGGUUGAAGAUCCUUCUUGCCUUUUCCAUCUUUGAGCUGUGCACGUGGACUAUCAAGGAAGUUUCCGAGAGUGUUCAAUAUUCUUCAUGUUCCAGUAUGCUGCCCUACGCAAGGCCGAGGGCAGGUAAUAUGGGAGACGAAGUUAUAUUUAAAAAUGGAACCAAGCUUUACUCCAUCUGGCAUCUGAGACUUAUUUGGGAAUAUUGCAACGUCGAUGCUGAGGAGCUCUGGGUUCUUGGUACUGAGCUAUUUACAAGGUUGAUAUUCCGAAGGAGGUAAGAAUGUUACUUCCUCAGAUGAGAAAAUUGAAUAAUGUAAUGAAUUAUUGUAUCAUUUAGAAAAAUGAUUAUUUUGCCAUUCAAAUAGGUUGUAUACUCUUAUCACUUCCUGUGCAAAUUGGAAUGUAAAUGUGGACUGCUACCUGUUAUGUAAAUGUCAUAUGAUAGUUCAUUACACUUUGUGAGAA